AUCUCCCCAGACGUAACUUUAUGCACCUCUGAGUGCUUGCUGUCACUCUUGCCACCAUUGCCGGCUCAAGAAGUCAUAACGUGUUCCAGCUUUCAGACCACAUCCUUGGAAGGUCCUUCACGAGGCCUGGGGCCUUCGGAAUGCCACCAAAGAAGAAAACGAAACCCUUACCGCCAGGAAAGAAAACGAACAACAGAGCUUCUGCGCGUGCAGGGACUAGUGCAGUAUCCACUAAGCGAAAGCAACAAGGAGAAGACUGGAAGCAGUCCCGGCUGGCACCAGACAUCCCAUUACAUAUGACAACACGACGUGCUGCAAAGACGUCGUCUAAUCAUACGAGCCCAGCUGCACCGUCAAGUGCAGCUUCCGGCAGUCGACGUAGUUCUCUGAACGACGUUGCGCAACAAUCAGACUUUGACGAUGAACCAGCCAAGCGCAGCCGAAUGUCGACCGAUUCUGGUUCGCCAAAUGGUUCAUUUGGUAACAGCACUCCUAUGAAUGGAACUCAAACACCGGAGCUGGACGAGCCUGUAUCGGAAGCGAUUCUGCAGUUAUCAAAGACUGCCGGGAAGCGGAGGCGGGCUUCAGACGACUCAACGCAGUCCAGCAAAACACGACCAAAUGGUGUUCUGACCCGUACUCAAAGCGAUGUCCCCGAACAACAACCGCGCCAAAAAAAGCGCAAAACAACCAGCGCACCUACGGAUUCAGCCGAUCAGCCUCCAGAACUGACAGAUGCAAGCACGGCGCCAAAUUCUCCAGAACAGGUUCCUGAGGUUGCGAUUAGCUUGAAUUUGCAAAAUGUCUUGCCUGCCAAUGGCGACGCGCCUGCAAAGGUCCCGAAGCGCCUUCCUGGUCGCCGACGCCAACCGCAUCCGGACAUGAAUGUCGAAGUGGAUCUGCGUAGGCAACUCAACCUGAAGACAAGUUAUCGAAGCGUCGCAAAAGUGCUGAAGAGCUAUUUAGAUGAGCUAGCGCACAGAGCGAUCAGAAACCUUGAUAACGACCAGGACUUUCACAAAAAUUGCCCCGAGUACAAGCCACUCAUAGACGGUUUGGAUAGUAAGCGAGAUGCUCAACUUGGUUAUUGUGCAGCAUGGCGCUCGGAGAGGAUGCAUCAGCUGGAGAGGGUGCAGGCCGCUGAGGAGCAGAUCCAGAAAAAGCAGUACAUUAAUCGCUUCGAAGACUUGCGAGACGACUAUCUGCAGCGAUGCUAUUUCCGCUUGAAGCAAAUCGAACGAGAAUGGAAGAAUGCCCAAGAUGACGCUACAGACGACGAGGAUAACGUGCUGCCACCAACAUACACAGACGGAUCGACUACCGGUGUGGACGACAGACUCAGCUCCAAGUUUGCAUCGCGGAGUCGGGCAUACGUUGAGGCUGACCGGGAGCUUGAGAACGAUGUCAGGCGGAGCCUGUUCGACCAAGCUCGCGCCACAUUUGUCGCAAAAGACGAGGAUGCCAAUGACUCUAUUAACGAACUUACUGGCGGCUUUGCGCAGUAUGCUGGACCUGAUCGCUCCGAAGCGAUUGCACAUUACAACAUAGCCAGUCUUGUGGAUGCUGUCGUUGAAGUCGAAAGAACGCCUUCACCAGAACCUCACUUGCCCGAGGAGCAGAUCAUUCCCAAUGAUCAAGCGACUAUGCUUAUGUUCCUUGCUGACCUUUCAACGUCGGUACCUGAGAACGAUCAUCGUUCUGCUGCUCCUGGCGAGACAUUCGUAGAGGAGCCGCUUCCAAAUCCUGAACAGCAUCUUGACAGACAGGGAUCACUGCCGCUCGUUCCAGGCUCACCACUGCGUCUAGAUUCAAACGUAUCUCAUGAUAGUCCAGUACCGACACCACAGCCGGCCUUGAGUAUCUCUCAGGAUGCACUACAUCUCGGUCUGAAUGGUAAUAAUACUACGAAGCCUUCGGAGAUAACCGAGAAGCCUGCCCCUGCACGCACAACUCACCGGAUCAUGGAUAUGCUAAAUAAUGACUCAGAUGUGCCUGUCUCAAAACCUCGAGCAUCACUACCUCCAACUCAGGAUCCUCAGCCACCAGGCACGCCGUCCAGGCGAGAUCAUAACAUCCAACAUGAGACACCAUCCCGAAACGAUGCCACGCGCCUUGAGAAUAUUGUCAACCAACCGGAGCAAACAGAGUCAGAACAUCAUGUAGACCAACAAUUGAUGGACGCAUUGAGCGGGCCUGUCCCCCCUCCCACCGAACCGCCAUCGCCGGCCCGACCACAUCCGAUGCCAUGGCAGCAACCAGGCGUUCUUCCACAACACAAUAUCCCACCACCGAGAGAAGCUGACGAGUCACUGCGGCGAAAGGAUCCGCGAGAUACAUUGCGCAAGAUAAGAGAGUUGCUUGACAGGAAGGCAGCAGAACACGGUAUAGUCUAUCCAGACAGGUCUCACUGGUCUGAUUACCUAAAACGGCCUGAUGAUAGAAGGGAAGCCGCGCCCGCAUAUGAUCCACAACAUCCUUCUGCUGGAUUGCAAAGUGUAUCCGACACAAAUGCACCUCCUUCGCAGCGUCGGGGAUCCUACGACCGAGGACAAUCGUACUGGGACCGUGACAGGCAAUCAAGCGUUUCGCAGGCAUCUCGACCGUCGCCGUUUCAGGGCAGCCCUCCUCAGCUUUACAACGGCGACUCAAGUAGAUCUGGACACGCACCCGCGCACCAAAGCCCAUAUGCUUCGUUACCACCAAAGCCGCCUGGUCCUCCUCCAUCCAACCCGGUCAAUUUUCGAUUCGCGCACUACGAUCCGAUCCCUCCGCCUCAAACAUCAAGACCGCCGUAUCAUUUGCCUACAUCAAACUUCCCGUCAGCCUCGCAUCCCCCACACCCCCCUCCACCGCCAGGUCCAUACGGUCACACUUACCCUUCACCUUAUCAACAUGCCUAUGCCCCGCCUUCUGUACCUUACCAAGCUCAACCUCCCCCGCCACCAAAUGCCUCUCAAUACCCACCCCUCAAAAUUCAUCAAUACGGUGGCCAGCCAAUCCUUCCAGCUAGCAUGGCGCCCCCACCAUAUCCAGGCUUGGUACAACACAGCCAGUCUGCUGCCACAUCUGCAUUUUCGCCCCUGCUAGGCCAAGCUGCAACGUCACAGCAACAGCCUCCUUCACUACAGCCAAACCCACAUAGCGAGCAGAGCGAUCGCCGCGACAGUAACUUUAUGGGCCCGCAAAGCAGGCCGAGACGUGCAUACAGGAGCUAUCACGCUCCUGGGACUCAGUUUAGAACAUACAACGGUCCUGGUGGUGGCAGAGGAAGGGGCGGAGGUGGAGGCGGUUCUUAGGGAGCCCGCUCUCAGGCCCAGGUUGUCGAACAUUGUGAUACUUCACAGAGCCCUGUUGAC